GGCAGUCGCCGCACAGUGCUACCCGAACGCUGCCGGCAGCUGGACGAAGGCGGCGGCAAGACACACGCAGCGGGCCACACACGGGAAUACCGGACAGCGUUGCGCGGACCCACUCACACACCACACGGGCAGCCAUGACCGUCGACGGGCUGGAGGAAUCUGGGACGAGCGGCAGCGAGAGGGCCAUGUCGCGCGAGGAGCCUUCGGCAGCGGACGGGGCGGUGGACUCGCUGGACGUGGAGUCGUUGCCGGACCGCAUCAGCAGCAUGCUGGACGGCCGGGAGGUGCUGGUCACGGGCGGCACCGGCUUCCUGGGCAAGGUCUUCGUCGAGAAGCUGCUGCGCGUCUGCCCCGGCAUCGUGCGCAUCUACCUGCUCGUGCGCGCCAAGAAGGGCAAGGACCCCCGACAGCGCAUCGACGAUAUCUUCAGCUCGCCGCUGUUCGACAAGCUGAAGGCGGAGCGCGGAGCGGAGCUGAUCGCCCGCAAAGUGGUGGGCGUGGCUGGGGACGUGGCUGCGCCCGACCUGGGGCUGUCGGCGGCCGACCGCGAGACGCUGUGCGAGCGCGUCUCCAUCAUCUACCACGCCGCCGCCACCAUCCGCUUCGACGAGGAGCUCAAGAAGGCCGUCAUGCUCAACACCAGGGGCACCAGGCUCAUGCUCGAGCUCGCCAAGGAGGUCAAGAAGCUCGAUGCGUUCAUCUACAUCUCAACGGCAUACUGCCACUUGGAGGAGAAAGUCCUCCACGAGAAAGCGUACCCGCCUCCCACAGACCCACACAAAACGAUAAAAUUCUGCGAAAACAUGAGCGACGAGAUCUGCAAUUCGAUGACCAAAAGUGUUUUGGGAAAUCUUCCGAACACUUACGCCUUCACAAAGGCCCUCGCAGAAGGUCUUUGCGUCGAAGCGAUGGAGAAAGGUUUACCAGUGUUGAUACUCCGACCUUCUGUAGUGAUUCCGAUAUGGAAGGAGCCUCUACCGGGAUGGACAGACAAUAUAAACGGACCAACGGGUCUGCUGAUCGGAGCAGGCAAGGGUGUGAUCCGUACAAUGUACUGCGACCAGAACGGCUAUGCUGACUACCUGCCUGUCGACAUCGCAGUGAACGGAAUAAUGAUUGCUACGUGGAAUUAUGUUGCUAAUGGGGAUAAAGAGAAGAGCAUUGUGAACAUGACUUCCAGCUCCGAGUUCCAAAUUUCAUGGGCAGAGAUCAUCGAGCGGGGCAGGAAGAUCACAGAGCGCGUGCCGCUCAAUGGCGUGGUGUGGUACCCGGGUGGCAGCAUGAAGAGGAGCCGCCUGCUGCACAACAUCUGUCUGCUACUCUUCCACUUCAUCCCAGCCAUCCUCAUUGACACACUCAUCUUCCUGGCUGGGCACAAACCGAUAAUGAUGAGAGUUCAACGAAGAAUCAUGAAAGGUUUUGAGGUGUUUGAGUACUAUGCAAACAAUCAGUGGCAGUUUAUAAAUGAUUCUGCACUUGAAGUUAGAAAACAGUUGAACAAAAGGGAAAGGCUUCUUUAUAAGAUCGAUGGAGAUGAUUUGGAUAUAGAUGCUUACUUUGAAGAUUGUAUAAGGGCUGCAAGAUUAUACAUCUUGAAAGAGCUACCAGAAACACUUCCAGCUGCCAGAAGACAUCUGCGAAUAAUGUACUGGGUGGACAAAAUAACAAAAGCUGUGUUCCUUGGGCUGUUAUUGUGGACACUGGUGUCAUACUCUGAUGCCAUCUUCGACUUCCUACGUGCCUUUCUGAGACUUUUAAAUUACUCUGUAGUACAGAUCUUCAAUGUUUUCAACUCAAGUUCUUCACAGUCACCAUCGGUAACACCAGUAAUACAAGACAAGUCACUUCUUUGAUUCACUGGUAAAUAGUGUGUACUAAGUUUGUUGCAUAAGGCACUCCUUGUUGUUAGGAGGCAAAUGAGUUAAGGACAUGGAGAUGAUGUACAAUAUAAUACGCUUUAUAAGUCCUUACAUUCAUCGUGUAUAGCACACAUUACAUACUACUCUUUCCAAUUCAGGUGUAAUCUCAACUACUGAAACUGUGUUCCUGUUACGGAUGUAUAACUGUAGGGAAAUAAGUAUUGAUAUGUAUGCAUGAAUUGUGUAUUGACACCUGAUAUAAGUGAGUGUAAUACAUAAAAGAAUAAAUUCCUGAAGAAGUAUAAUCACAUAAAACACUACACAGUAACUGUACUGGGUUCCUACAAGUAAAAUAUUCAUUACAAUUGUACAAAAGUAAUGGAGUUGUUUGCAAAUUCUAUUAAGGCUCAAAAAUAUGUUAUUGUCAUUUUUAAUUAUGAAAUAGAUGGCAUACAAGGUAAUCUCUCAAUAUUUUCUAUGUUUAGUUUGUAGAUUCAUCUAUGACAAAGUACAAAUACCUCCAACAAAGCUUUGCAAAGUUUUCCAUAAAACGUACAUUCAGAUAGUGCUACUGUCUUUUUCACCAUGUUAUAUAUCACAAAUAUAAUUGUUGUUUCAUGUAUUUCUAUGUCAGUAAACAGAGAUGCAUUAAAUGUUUAUGGAACUAAUGAUGAGUAAGCACCUGCCAGUCUGUGUUCCUGUACAAGCAAUCCCGAAAAGAACUGCUGGCAAACUGGUGCACUUUGAAGUGACAGUACACAAUAUGUUGUUGCUUUCUCAACAUGCAUCUUGUAGCCUCUUGCAUUUCUUUUGGUACAGUAAGGAGUGUACCAAAACAUACUUGACCAAACAUUGGGAGCAAUUUCUACCACGAGAACAAUGAAAAUAAUAAUGCAAAUCUGUAUCCACAAGUACUUUGUAUUUGAGUAGUUAUUGAAACAACAUUUAACCAUGAGAUAUAGCAAAUAUUCAAAUUGUAUUAAGCUCAUGGCAAAUGUUCAAAAUAGUCUCCUGUUGUUGCUACACAUGCAUGACUCAUUUUAUAGCCUGCCUCACCUUGUUAAAGACCUCCAAAUGGUGUCAAAUGGUUAUUCAGGUUUCCAAGAUAUGGCAACUCUGUAUUUGGAAUGUCAUUUGCAUAAAUUAGUUCUUUUAGGAACUCCCACAAAUGAAAAUCCAAAAGAUUGAGUUUAGCCAAAUAUAAAGGAUGCUGACCUGAUGCUUUCCUACCUACACAUCUGUCAUGAUUAGGCAUUGCCAGUGUACCUUCAACAUUGAUUAAAAGUGUAGAGACCCAGUAUGAUUCUUCUUAUUACCAGCAGUUCACACUACAGCGCUAAGGUGAGUGGGUGGAGAUUUUUUAAAUCAUUAAACAUGAGCAUUUACACAAAAACCACACACAUGUAACAGUUUUUUUCCUUUACUUUUUCUUCAUGCAAUUUUUCCUUCUCUUCAUUUGAAGAAUGAAGACUCAUUACAGGGGAGACAAUAAAUAUGAAGCCAAAAAAGUGAUUAAAAUAACAUAAGUUUCUAGCUGUAUUUUAAAGGAGGUAUGGCAGUGAUGAUGAUGAUGAUGAUGAUGAUGAUAAAGGUAAUCAUGAUGACAAACAAAAUGUUUAAAUGCCAUUACAAGAUAAUAUGGUCAUAUACAAUAACCUGUGUCAAUGCUUAAAGUUGCAUAUAGUUUCCCUGCUAAGAAAAAACUGAAUGCAAGCAAUCAGACUUUGAACAUUAACAUGUAUUUUGUACCUUGUAUUAUU